CUUUAACUCGGUAUACAACAUCAUUUUAUGAGCUUUAUCAACUAAAAUGGUUCGACUGCAGUUGAGUGCGGUUUUAUCGUGUAUGGUUUUAUGUGGAUUUAUUGCCAUGAUGUUUCUAGUUUAUACAGAUGUACCACAACAGUUCACACUGAUUGAGGACCAUGGCCUUCGAGAAGUAUAUAACGAUAACGCACAAGACGUGAAAGCUGUUGGCUUCGAACAGCUUGCAGGGGAAAUCAAAGUGGAAAUGUUUGUUGAGAAAAUUGAUGACGAAGUUAAACACAAUCUCCAUCAGGAGGACAACAGCACCGGAAAAUUCGUCAAAAGCAGUGUCAAACAUAAACAGACGAGUAAUCCAAUGACAUACUCUAUUGAUAAGAUGAAGCUGAUACGUGAUCGCUUUAAAACGAGAAGACGGGUGCUGAAUGAAACCUGCUUUAAAUAUGAGUCAAUUGUUUACAAAUAUUUACCAUGCGAACUAAAAAAGACAAAGUUUGACUUAAAGUAUGUAGAAGAUGGCGGCCUUAUAUAUUGUGCGAUUCCCAAGACCGGAAGUACAUUUUGGAAGAGAGUUAUGCACGUGAUAGGUGGGUGGGGAAAUACGACAAACCCGAUAGAGAUCAGAUCGGAGGAUGCUGACAAAGUUGGUGGUUUCUCAACAAUGGAAGAUAAGAACUUUACUGAGAUCAGAGACCUUUUCGAGUUUUCUAAAACAGUGAUGUUUGUAAGGGAUCCUUUUACUAGGCUUUUCUCAGCUUGGUUAGACAAGUUUUAUUCACCAAACCCGUUUUAUUGGAAAUAUGGUGGUACAAAUAUUGUAACUAGACAGAGGUUUUACGCCAACAAUACAACAGAGGAGAAAUCCGAAGAUUCAAGUGAAGAUGAAACGAACGGUGCAGUUCAACUUAUUAAAAGAUCUCUUAGCAAUGAUGAAGAAACUGAAGAUGCCAACACUACGACGCAAAAGCCGCCAGUUAAAUGUGGAUAUGAUGUUUCCUUUGAGGAGUUUAUAUCAUACGUUGUUGGGUUCAGGCAAAAUAGCACGUGUUUAGAUGAACAUUUCUCGCCAAAUUACAAGCAUUGCAUGCCGUGUACCUUCGAGUACGAGUAUAUUGGAAAAUAUGAAACAUUCAAAGAAGAGACAGUCUUUCUUUUAAACGAACUAAAUUUAACAGAAAAAGUAAAGAUUCCGGACUUUGAAAAAGACGCGAAUUUGGAUGCUAUAACAGGACUGACCGAGUGGGUGUUCCUGCAGGAAAAAAAGAUUGAAGAGUGCGGUGUCACCUUUAGAUGUGCUUUGUUCAGAACGUUUAAACGACUCCAAAGCCGCGGAGUUAUUAGUAAAUCAGUGCCAUUUCCCUAUGACAACAACACGGACAUUAACAUUAUCACUGAAGAUAUUUUUAGAAACGAUUUGUUGCGGUUAAGUAAAAUUGGAACAAAGGCAGAGAAAAGAAAGAACAGACAAGAAUCCAUAUUGAAGGCAUUUAAAAGCCUCCCCAAGCAGCUUUUGGAAAAACUGAAGGAAUCCUUGAGAGUAGACUUAGAAAUGUUCGACUACAAUGACUCUCCUGAAUAUUUAGAAGGGGAGGUAACAAGUUUUGAUUAUUUCGAAAAUUGUUUGGGGGAUGAAUGACUGUGACCAAUGAUCUAUGCAUAUUCACACGGACUGGGGGUGAAAAUAUUUAAAUGUUAUGGUAUAUAGGGGAUAUUAUGAUAGGACGCUUUUCUGGUGACCUAUAAUACGUCGAAUUCCGUGUGUAAAGAUGUUAACUCACCGAACGAGACGUGAUGCAGUUCACCAGAAUAGCGUUUUAUCGUAAUAUUCCAUUUAUUAUAUACCUGUCUAUUCAAUAUUGAUUUAAAUUGACCGCCAGCUGUCAAAGUCAAAAUAUGGAAUGGCUUGCGUGUAUGAUGUGUUACGUUCUUUUGUGUAUUGAAGUCAAGGGAGGCUACUACAGCGAAACACAAUCAGAAGGGUCAAAGAACUGUGAAGCCUAUUCAAAUUUCAAAACAAGCUGACACUGGUGGCUUUUGCAUUAAAUAGCUACAUUGGUGUUAUCGCCAUUGUUCAUAACAUGUACAAUCAAGAUACAAAUGCGCGAAUGACAAUAGCAAAUAUUUCCAAGAUGAUGUAUUAUAUGGAAGGACAGAAGGGUCCAAAUUCCAAUCCGCGUAUUAACGUAUUUACAUUUUGGACAUUCCGUUGUGUGCAAACUGUCUUUUCAUUUCCUACAUGUCAGAAAACCGUGCCUUAAUGAUAAACUGUCUGUUGUUCCAUCUAAUAUUGUCAUUUUAGAAGAUCGCUAUUUUCUACAUGUAGGUGCAAAGGUUAUUUUAUAUGACGAAAUAAUAUUCAUUUCCCAAGCUUGGCGUAUCUCUAUAGUUCCAACCACCCUAUGUAUAAUUAAUGAAAAUAUAUACAAUUUAUUAAGCGAGAACCAAGUCGGUUUCCGCGCGAAUUACUCGACGUGCGAUGAACGUUUAUUGAUUUUUGCUGCUUUUGAGAUGUUUGGUUAGCUGAGUUGUGGCACAAUUUAAUGCAGUCUGGUUUACAGGGCAACAGUAAUAAAAUAUGUAUAAAGAUAAAAGAAUCAUGCGUUUUUUUCAACGGUCAACAGUCUCUAAUGAUUUCAACGUUAAGCGGUGUUCAACAAGGAGAAAACCUUUCUCUUAUUUUAUUUUCAAUUGUUCGAUGUUUUCUUAAAGGAAAAUGCAAAAGUGUUUCCAUAGAUAUAGAUGGUGAUUUUAUACGCUGACGACAUCGUGCUUUUUGCUGACAACGAGCGUGAGUUCCAACAAAAUUUGA